AUGGAAGAACAUAAGAGAUGUAUAUAUGAGGAGGAGGCGCAACACAAAACGAAAGAGUGGUGAUGCAGGCCCUCCAGCAAAGCCUGGAAUGUACGAUAACCUCCUGCAAUUUCUGGAUCGGGUUCAACCGAAUACCAGCACAUGCAGCAAUCUGGAAGAGGCAGAACCCGUUACCAGUGCCACUGCGACCGAUGAAGAUGUAGCAAGCCAAGAAGGUACUGAAGAGGUUGAUGCACCUUCUACUUCAUUCGGGUCAUCUAUGCCAUCAAGUUUAGUUACUGCAGGGCGCAGGAAGAAGCGGAAGUCGUGUGACCCUGUCACAGAAGAAAUUCUGUCACAGCUGAGAAAGCUGGAUGAGAAAGAGGAACAAUCUGCCACAAGGCCCACAACACAGCUGCCAGAUGCAGAUGAUUUAUUUCUCCAAUCGAUUACCAUGGAGAUGAAAUCACUCCCACCACAACAAAAAACGCACUUUAAAAUUAAAGUUCACGAGCUUUUGUUUGAAUUAAAAUAUAAUGUGCAGUCUUUUAUUGUUAAUGAGGACAAUAUUACAGAGGAAUUCGAUGUGUGAAAUAUAA